AUGUACCUCCGCAUAUCCGUCCUCGCUAUCUCCUUCGUCGUUGUGUUUAUCAUACUCAAGAACACUAUAUCCACGUACAAUUCCGGACGACGGAGCUGUCGGUGCCUGCCCCAUGAACCCUGCUGGCCCUCUACCAACGAAUGGAAUAUUUUCAACGAGAGCAUCAAUGGACACUUGGUCCAUCUCCGCCCAGUAGGCGCUAUCUGCCAUGGAAAAGAAUUCGACCAAGACGCAUGCAACUUUGUGCAAGAGAACGCUAAUAACUCUGUAUGGCGAGCAUCCGAACCAGCUACGCUACAGUCGGCAAACUGGGAGAGCAGCUGGGAGGAAUGCGGGAGCUGCGAUAUCACCUCGUACAUAGACGAGCCCUGCCACCAAGGCCGCGUCCCACUAUACGCCGUCCUCGCUGAAUUUGCCUCGGAGAUCCAAACGGCCGUCCGAUUCGCGAAACAGCGCAACAUUCGCCUCGUCGUGAAGAAUACCGGACAUGAUAGUAUGGGCCGGUCGAGUGGGCCUGGAUCCCUCCAGAUAAACACAAAUCGGUUGAAGGGGAUAGAUGUCGUCUCUGACUUUAUACCACAGGGUGGCAGUGUUUCCCUCGGACAGGCGGCGACACUUGGCGCGGGGACUCUGGCGUUGGAGAUCUCGCAGGUUGCGGAAGAUGAGAAAUUCAAUGUUCUACUCGGCCUUUGUACCACUGUUGGUGUUGCUGGUGGGUUUAUACAAGGUGGUGGUGCGUCUUUGCUUGGGCCGACGCAUGGGAUGGCCUCGGACAAUGCACUGGAGUUUAAUGUCGUUACAGCGGAGGGAGAUCUCGUCGUGGCAAACGAGUUCCAGAAUCCAGACCUCUUCUGGGCAUUGCGAGGCGGAGGCGGCGGUACAUUUGGCAUCACUGUCAACACCACAAUAAGGACAUUCCCCGAUAUCCCAGGAAUAGUAUUCACGCUCACGGCAGCAAUCUCUCGACAAGACGAGCAGUUCUCAGACACAGACGCAGCCUUGUGGGAAUUCGCAACAGCGAUCGUCAACAUCCUACCAAGUCUAAAAGGGGCAGAUAGCAAAACAGGCGCCGCCAUUGUCUCUGGCAUCCAGGAAGACGGCGUCCAGCUCGUUACUGAGAUCCUCUUCCCAAAUACCACCGACACCACUUCCAUAGGGGCCAAGCUCGCCCCAUUACUCGCCAGACUAGACGACCUCGGCUUCUCAAUCGUCUACACAACCAACACAACCCUCUACCCGCAGAUAUCAACCUACUUCAACCAACCCCGACUCGUCGACCUAGCAGGCACAGGCCGCAUCGAAGGCUCCGUCCUCAUCUCCUCAUCCCUCUUCUUCUCCCCAGGCGGUACAUCCCAAAUAAUGAACGUCGUCUCAAACCUCACCUACCGCGUCGGCGAUCUAAUCGAAAUCUUCCUCUCCGGCGGCGGCCAAGUGCACGCAAACAAGGACCUCGUCAACAGCGCCCUGCACCCGCACUGGCGCGAGUCCGAAAUGCUGGUUACAUACCGCCGCACGAUGCCGCUAGGUGCAACUGCGAAGCACUUCGUCGAUAGCCAGAUGCCGUUUCUGCGGGCGCUGGAGACGCCGAGGAUGGGGUCGUUUCUGAACACGGCGGAUCCCGAUGAGCCGGAUUUUCAGCGCGCGUUCUGGGGGGAUAAUUAUGCGAGGUUGCUCAAGGUUAAGCGCAGGUGGGAUCGGGAUGGGCUGUUUAUUGUGAACCUGGGAGUUGGGAGUGAGGGGUGGGAUAAGGAGGGGAUAUGUUGGACUGGUCGUGAGAGGGAGUAUCUUUGA